CCGCGGCUUCUUAAUGUCGUCCUUAUCGCAGUAAUAGAUCAUAUUAUAGACGGCAAGAUGGCUAUGGUCAAAUGCUCUCCCGAACGGAUGAAUUUAUCUUUUUCUGGAUGCGGGUUCCUGUGCAUAUAUCACGCUGGAGUCGCAGCGGCGAUUAAAGAGUAUGCACCAUAUUUGACUCAGAAUAAGAUAUCAGGAGCCUCUGCCGGAGCCAUAGUUGCUGCUGGUCUCAUGACUAACAUUUGUAUAUCACAAGCCACUAGCACUAUAUUAAGAGUAGUAACACAGGCACGUUCACGUGCACUAGGUCCAUUGCAUCCGGCUUUCAAUUUACUUGCUGUAUGUCGUGAACAACUUGAAGCCAUGCUACCCGCGGAUGCCUAUAAAACAUGUACAGGACGUCUACAAAUUUCGCUAACACGAUGGAGAGAUAAUAAAAAUGUUGUAGUUACUGAGUACAACUCUAAUGAAGAAUUAAUGGAUGCUAUAAUGUGCAGUUGUUUCAUCCCUAUUUAUUGUGGAAUGACGCCACCAAAAUAUCGUGGUGAAGCUUACAUCGAUGGAGGUUUUACGGAUAAUCAACCGUCCUACGAUGAUCACACCGUCACAGUUAGCCCAUUCUCAGGAGAAUCCGAUAUAUGCCCACCUGAUUGGGACAGUGCGAGCUUCUUUGGCAUCUCGUUCUCUCGAACAUCCAUUCGCUUUACAACGCGUAACCUCUUCCGACUGACAGCAUGUUUGAUGCCACCGUCUACUGAAGAUUGUUCAAAGAUGUGCCUUCAGGGAUUUGAAGAUGCCCUUCGAUUCCUCACAAAAAAUGUAUGUCAUGUUGUUCUUUCUCUAGCAAUGGCGCCAUGCAUACGAUGUUUAACCAUCCAAACGAAUGUAGACGAAGAGCUUGGUGAGGUCUAUAUCCCUCAGGAAGAGCGCCAGUUUUCACCGAAUGGUCCUCGACCUCGGAAAAGAACAACUACUAUGUCUAAAAAGAGAAUGGAAUCGGAGUGCGAUACAUGCUGUGAAAGUGAACAUAUGUACAAUACUGCUGUAAGCGAUGUAUUUCCAUCACUUCUUACGAAAACGUUUGAUGAAGCGUUUGCCGCAGAAGAAUCAUACUUCAAAUACUUGCUUUCUUUCCGAGUGUUUCGUUUCGCUCGUACAGCUCUCGGCCUUGGAAAGUUACCUUGGGAUAUGCUCAUUAUUUUGACUAAAAAGUGA